AUGAGUUUCAUAUUACUUUAAAGAAAGGUUAAAAAUGUUUGAUAGUACUGUAAUGUCAUAAAAUGAUUAAAUUAGUUAGGAACGGAACGGCUCCUAAAAAGUGUGCUGGCAUCACUGCUUCGUCUUUGGUCAUUGUGACUUAUUUUGUAUUUAUUUAUUACAAAACUGGAGGGUCGAAAAUAUCAAGUAUUAGUAAAAUACUACUAAAACAUUAUAAAGCAGCGAAAAAGUUUUCGUGAUAAUUCAGCUGUGUCUGCUGCAGUUCAGAUAACCGAUAACAAUACCCAGAGUAAAGCAGUCGCCCGAAAUAUGAUGAAAACAGCUGUGACCGUGCUCCAAGAGAUGAUGAUCAAGAUGAACGAGGUGCCCAAGUAUGAGUGCAUAGCGCAGUCGGGGCCGCAGCACCAGGCCACGUUCGAGUACCGCGUGUCGGCGCAGGGCGUGGCCGUGACGGGGCAGGCGCGCUCCAAAAAGGAGGCCAAGCAGGAGGCGGCUCGCCGCAUGCUGCAAGAGCUCACGGCGCGCGGCCUGCCCGUGCCGGCGCCCUACGCCGCGCCGCCCGCGCGCCGGGAGCCUUCGCCGCCGUCGCCCGGCCGCGCGCCCGCGCUGCCCGGCGGCGAGGGCCCGCUGCCCGGCGGCUCGGCGGCGCCGCCCGCGCUAGACGCGCGCAGCUACGUGGCCGUGCUGCGCGAGCUGUGCGAGGAGUACCGCCUGGGCGAGGCGCGCUACGAGCUGGUGGGCGACACGGGCCCGCCGCACCUGCGCCGCUUCACCGUGUGCGCCGCGCUGGGCCUGCACAGCCGCACGGCCACCGCCACCACCAAGAAGCAGGCGCGCCAGCUGGCCGCCGAGCAGCUGUACACCUACCUGCGCGAGAACCUGGGGCGGCUCACCAAGGACUUCGUGGAGGAGGAGGCGUUGCAGCGCGCGCAGGAGAAGUCGACGGGGCGCGCGCGCGCGGAGGCGGCGCUGGCGCGGCUGGGCGAGCGCGCCGCGACCGUCGCGCCCGACGCGGCCGCCGCGCCCGACGCGCCGUGGCGCCCCGACCUGGGCCAGCGCGUGGCGCACUACCAGCGGGGCGACGAGGCGUGCGAGCGCGGGUUGCGCGCGCUGCUGGGCGCGGCGCCCGACGAGCCGCCCGAGCACGUGCUGAGGCGCGUGUGCCAGGCGCUGGGCGUGCGCGCGGACGAGCUGUCGCUGAAUCCGGGCGUGGCCGUGGUGCGCCUGGCGGCCACGUCGCCGCCGCUGUCGUUCGCGGGCCGCUCGCCGCGCCAAGCCGCCGACGCCGCGCUGCGCUACCUGCGCCGCACGCUGGUCGAGCGGCCGCCGGCUCACGACGAAUAAACUACAACUACCAUUCGUUACAAUUGACUAUUUAUUUACCCAGCCCGAUACGGUCACGGUUACGGUUUUUGAAGCGGCGGUAGCAUGAGCGCACCCGGGGAGGACAGGGGAGGGCGGUUUCCCCCGUGGUAAUCUCGCAGAAAAUGUAUGACCUCUCUUAAAAUAUGUAUAGAAAAAUAAUACAAUUUUGGCUAUUCAAAUCGUAGGACACAUCUAUAUUCACUCUAUACUUGCUGCACUCCGCAGUACGAGGAUAGCUCAUACUUUGAUACCUAGUAUUUUUGUCAGCGGGUGUGAAACCCUCUCGUGAGGGAUACCCACGUCUGAGGCAUACGUCGGAUGGUGGGAUUACCCACUAAAACCCGGUGGCCACUAUCAGGAAUGCUGAAUAAUUACGUUCGCUGUCAUUGUUGGCUCGUUUAGAGAAAUAUUGUCCCACGGAUGAGUUUGAUUUUGUUAAUUGUUCAUUACUUGUGCUGGUCUCUGUGAAAACUCAAUUAUUCUGGUUGGUCAGCUCAGAACUGGAAGUAGAUACGCGGUGCGUGGUUGUUAAAGGUUUUAAUAAACAAAUA